AAGAAAGAGGCUGGCAAAGUGGGCGAGAGGAGGAGAGGCGAGGCUGGGAGGCGGCACGGCACGGCACGGCACGGCCGGUGGAUCGAGGUCGAGAUAGCUUGAGGAGCUACGCACCGGCGACUGCGGCCUGACGAGUUCAAAGACGGCGAAAAUUCCUUCCAGAAACGGCUUCUAAGUCCCUCCUAAUCUGCCUCUGCCUCUAUGCGGCGUUGACUCCAUCCCGAGCUUGUUAGAUCGGAGAGAAAAGGCUAUUUGUUGUUGUUUUUUUUGGUUAUUUUGAGAUCGUUCUUGUUUUCGACGAUCUGAUAGCUGCCGAUGAGGAAGGGCCGCGCACAGGCGGGGCAGCCGGCUGCAGCCGCGUUGACAGCGGUGGAGAUGCGGUUCCGCGGCGUGAGGAAGCGGCCAUGGGGCCGGUUCGCGGCGGAGAUCCGCGACCCCUGGAAGAAGACGCGGGUCUGGCUCGGGACCUUUGACUCCGCGGUGGACGCCGCCCGAGCCUACGACUCUGCAGCCGUCGCCCUACGAGGCCCCAAGGCCAAGACUAAUUUCCCCACUUCUGCGUUCCCUUUUCCAAUUCAUCCUCCCCUCGCUUUGACGGGCUCCAGUCAUUUCCCUUAUAAUUACCAGCGCCACCAACGUCCGCCAGUGGCCCAGCGGCCGGCUUCUAGCAGCCACAGUAGCACCGUGGAGUCCUUCAGCGGACCGAGGCUUCCAGCCUCGUCGUUGCCGAUCCGACCGAGGCAGUCUGUAAGCAAGCGGCAGGUCAACCCCCCUCCGCCCCCGCGUGUUCUGAACGGCGACGAUGACUUCCACAGCGACUGUGGAUCCUCCUCCGUCGUCGACGAUGACGUCGGCGACGUUGCAUCUUUUUGUCGGCAGUCGCUUCCCUUCGAUCUCAACCUGCUUCCUGAUGAUGAUUUCCAGGACACAGUUCUCCGCCUCUGAUGUGUUAUCCUCGGCCGAGAGAAGAGAAAAAAUAAAUAAAACUGGUUUUUUCUUCUUCUCUCAUGAUUUUACAUGUCUUCUCCCAGGAAUACAUUCGAUCUUAGGCUUUAUAUACUCAGAUCUAUAUGUAUGGGGUUGAAUUUGAGGUGUAAUAACUUUUAUGAGAGGUAGGAUUAUGGAUCGGGUGGUAUGAGACCAGAUCUGAGGUUUGUCUUAGAUCUGUUGCUCUUGUUUUCGUUGUUCCAUGUACAAAGAAAUCUCUAUUUAAUUUGAUAAAAGAGAAGAAGAAAAUUAAAGAA